CAUGGGUGAAGCUAGAUGGUUACCACUAUUCGUAACCUCUGACGUGCCAACAGAGGAUGAAGACUUUAAAAACAGAUGGAGUUUGAUCCAGUAUCCCUCCCAAACCACCGUCGCUGAACCCAGUGUUGCUCCCAUUAACCCCUUCCACAGCGGAUUUAUAAACGCUGGAGUGGAAGAUUUACAGCACUUUGUCGAAAACAAAUGUGGAGAAAAUGGUCUUGGUGAUGAGAAGGAGGGGUAUAUGGACUGGUUGGCCAACGAUGCUUUUGGUGUUAUUGAUGCAAGGACGGCUCAAGACAAUACAAUCUCGUUCUGUGUAAAGGAAAUUGUGGAUGCGAUUCAAGAGGCAGAGNGCACAAGAAGUGAUGAGCUUCUGUCGAGGUACAUUAGAAACGCUGGAGAUAUGAAUGACCAAGACAUCAAGUUCUUGGUCCAAUGUCUAGUAAACGACGAGGAUGAUGCAAUGGAGACACAACCGGCAGAUCUUGGGGUGGAAGAAGCAAAGCAAAAGAUCAGCGAUCGGAUAGAUGCCGAGCAACGAGGAGGAAGACCAAGAUGGUUCGAGAUCAGAAUGGUUGUUGAGAAUGCGAUGAAGAACAGCUACGGCAUAGCGAACAUUGGACCAGCUGCUGUGCUUACCGAGAUGAAAGACGAGUUUGAUGAGGACGGAGUCAUGAGGCAC